AUGCAGUCGUCGACGACAUCACAAACGUACGGUAAUAGACCCAACCCUCUGGCUCCAAUACAGUACACUCCCUCUCGCCCAUACAUAUCCAAGACCUCCAGCCCGGCACAACAGCCGCGACAACUACCGCAGCAGGAUCAAUACCAGCAACAGCAGCAGCAACAACCACCACUCUCAGCUUCACAGCAUUACCAGCCUCCUCUCCAAUACCAGCCUCUGCACCAUAACUACAACAACAGUCAUAAUACCACCUCUCUUCCCUCUCAACAAGAGCCAGCCUACUCUGCCAACGCAAGCGACAGAACUUCUUGGGCACAUGCAUACAGUAACAAUUACAGCUCGCAGGUCGAGCAGCCCUUUGUGGCGACUCCAUUAGUGUCAGGACGAUCGUCUUUUUCGUAUUCGCCAAAAGCUCCUUCUCCGCGUUCAAUAUCGCCAUUGCCCAACCAGGACACAUCAUAUGUUUUCAACGGCUAUCACCAGCCUACACCCUCAUACGACCCCUACUCCAAUGGUGCUCCCUCCCCUCAGCUGCCACAACAACCUUACCCAUACUAUCAACCCCAACAACAGCAGCAGGUGCAGCACUAUCACCAGCCUUCGGUACAACAGGAUUAUCAUAAUCAACACCAAUCACAGUCAUACCCCUCGGAUUUGAACAACACGGGCCACCCUUCGCCCUCAGCAGCCUACGCACCCGCCAACCCAACAUCCAUGAGUACCUACAGCAGUUGGAGCCAACCCUCUUCGCCCAGCUUCUCCCACUCAUCCUUUGGGAGCCGCAGCAGUAUGCAUGGAUCAUUCAAUAGCCACAAUUCGAUUACAAGGACGCCCUCCCUCUCUAUUGCAGGUCGACUUUUGAUCGAUUUCAACCCGGGUGUCCUUUCGACCAUCGCUGUUGCCUUCAGGCAAAGGAUGCUCGAGAACGAGUCCAAGAGGAAGGAGUCAGAGAGUUACGGUCUCGAAUUUCCCGUCACUUUUACUGGCAAGGAGGCAGUGGAUAUCAUCGUUGAGCUGACAAAGCUGGAUCAUCGGCGGCACGCUCUCUCGAUUGCUAGAUCCAUGGAGAAGCAGCUCCUGUUCUUUGGAGGCGGAGUCGACCUAAUUUUCGACUCUAACAACGACCAAUAUUUUUUCUCCGAGUCAGCGCUGGCUUACCUCCCUGGUCAAUCCGAGUUUCCGGACGUGCCGACGGGUGUGUUUCCUUACAGUGCCAAGUGCUACAGUUAUGGAUGCUUGCCUGGAAGUUCCUCGUGCUACUCUUAUCUGUGUCCCAAUCGUCGGUCGAUCAAUAGCGUCCUGGCGCGGAAGAACAGUGAUGCCUCGACCCUUGGUAGUCAGGAAAAAGUCUGGGCUAACUCCGUUCCUGCAAGCGUUCUGGCUGCUGCAUCCAAGAAGGAGCGUACCCGACAGGAAAUCAUUUUCGAAGUCAUCAAGACCGAGCACAAUUUUGUUAGAGAUCUGGAGCUGCUGGAGGAGAUCUUUAUCACACCUCUUCGUGCAAGCGAUAUCGUUGCGCCAGAGCGCCUGGAUAAUCUCAUUGAGGACAUUUUCCUCAACUACCACGAAAUCCUGGAUCUCAACCGUGCUUUGCUCGAGGCACUCAGGGCGCGACAGGAGGAGCAGCCCUUAGUAGAGGCAAUCGGCGAUGUUUUGUUACCUCACAUCGUAGGAUUCGAGGAGGCAUAUACUCGCUAUAUCCCCAGGAUCGCCAUAUCGGAAUUUAUCUAUACACAGGAGUCAAAGCGGAACCCGAGGUUCAAGCAGUUCCUGGAUGAUUGCACGCGCCACCCCGAGGCCCGUCGGCUUGGUUUGCGGCACUUCCUCAGUCAACCUUAUCAGCGACUUCCCCGGUACCCGCUUCUACUCAGCCAAGUGGUCAGCAAGACAGAAGAUGGCGUUCUGGACAAGGAGAUUACUCAAGAGGCGCUGGACGUUUCUACCGAGAUUAGCAAGCGUGUCAAUGCCUGCAUGUCCGACGGCGCCCUGCAGGUGCGGCUUUUGACGAUUCAGGACAAGAUCACCUGGAAGUCCAAGGAGCAUAAUCAGGACCUCAAGCUGUCGGAGAGAUCUAGGCGGCUUCACUUUGACUGUAUCGCUAAGCGUAAGAAUGGGUUCGAGGUGCUGCCGCAGGAGUAUCGAGUCUUCGUUUUCGAUCACAUGUUGCUCGUCACUAAGGAGAAACGUGAUAAGCAAGGCGAGAAGGACGACCUUAUCUAUCAAGUCGCUAUGAACCCAAUCCCACUCGAACUCCUGAAUGUUUGGGCAGAUGACGGCAAGCCCUCGUCCACACCCGGAAAGGACCCAGUAGCGAGCAAGAGAAAGAGUAUCAACGCCGGUUACCUUUCACACGGAGAGGCGAUGGCGGCUAUUAUGGCACCUGUAGACGUCAGCAACGCGAUCCAGCGUGGACCAGCAAUGGACCCAAAGAACCCUAAUGCUGCCCCUGUCACCAUUGAGCAUCGCGGACGACGUGGAGGUCUGUACGUUCUUACCAUGGCCCAAAAGGAUCGUGACGAGUUUGUGGAGCACAUCAAGGGCGCCAAGGAUCUUCGGAAACGAGUCUUGUCCGGCAACCAGCUGUUCCAGACGAAUUUUAUCACGGAGAUGACCGCCCAGCCACCAUCCUCAACAUCAUCAUCGACAUCAGCAUUAUCACGCUGUUUGGAUGGAAAGCGUGUGACCUGUACGGCCCCUUACCUCAACGUACUGGAUCUCAAGAAACGCUUGGUCGUCGGAACGGAGAAUGGACUGUAUAUUGGAAUGGAGGAUGACCCGACGAGCUUCCGUCUUGCCAUUGACGAGAUCAACAUCAGUCAGAUCAGCGUCUUGGAGGCUUACCACAUGCUCCUGAUCUUGUCUGGGAAGGUCCUGAAGGCGUACAACAUCAGCUGUCUGGAGCCUAACGCCGACAAGUCUCUUCUGGUCGGUCAACAGGUGGGUAAAAGCAUUCAGUACUUCACCGUCGGCGAGUACGAUGGAAAAACGCUUUUGGCUGUGAUGCGGAGGAAGGGUUCGAGUGAGAGCCAGUUCUCAGUCUACGAGCCUGUCGAAAACGCUGUCCUUGCAGGCCACCACCACCGUGGACUUAGUCUGAGCUUUGGAAAGUCGAACAAAUCGGAGUGGUUCAAGCCCCAGUACGAGUUCUACGUUGCGUCCGACUCUUCCAAGCUGAUUAUGUUCUCCAAGAUGGCGUGUGUUGUCUGUCCCAAGGGAUUCGAGCUGUUGAGUCUGGACAACCUGAAGGAGACGCAGAUUUUCCCCGCCAAGGGCGACCCUGACUUUGCAUUCCUGGCUAAGAAGGCAGACAGUGCCCCCGUCAAUAUGUUCAAGAUCUCUGCCGACGAGUUUUUCAUGUGCUACACAGAUUUCGCGUUCACAAUGACGAAGGCAGGAGGACUUGCCCCGAAGGCAUUUAUUGAGUGGGAAGGUCGCCCUGAUUCCUUCGCCCUGGUGCACCCGUACAUUAUCGCAGUUGAGAACGAUCUGAUUGAGAUUCGACACGUUGAGACCGGUGCACUGGAACAGCUCAUCUUUGGCGACAACAUUCGUCUGCUUUACUCUGAUGUGGAUCUUAUAGGCAAGAAUGUGAUCCACCUGCUCAUGUCUGAUCCAAAUAAGCCAGAUCUUCGACAGAUCGUCAAGCUGUCUAAAGCACCUGCCCGCAAAACCAUUAUUGAGCCUAUCCGAUACCAACCCAAGACCACAUUCACGUCCCAGUCGGAUCUGUUCUCGCCGAGUGCUAGUCGAAGAUCAUCGGCUGCACCUAAGACUCCUCUUUCGCCAUCUUUCCCUGCUUCGAUCCACUCCCCCACAUCGAUCCACCCCCCCAUUUACCCUGCAGCACCUGCCAUCCCUGUUCGACCACACUCUCAGUUCAUCCAGAGCCAAUACGGUGUGGUCUCAGGAGUUCCCAGCAAUGGUGUCCAGCAAGGGUACGACUCGCCUCCUAUUGUUUACAUGGACAUGCCAGUGCCUCAGCCGUACGUCCCGUCGACGUCGUACUCGACACCCAAGAACAGCACUGCCUCUAUACCCGCUGCAAGACCACCACCGUCGCUUAGCUACGCGCACAAGCGUCUGUCUGGCACGCCGUUGACGCUCUAUCCUGUGCAAGAAACACCUGAGAAUCCCAGCGAUAGUCCGUAUGCGACAGGCCGUAGCCAAGGAUAUCCUCAGGUGUUCCCUGUGGCGGUCCCUGCGCCCAUCGCUGGACCUCCUUCAGACCCUGUCCCUGUUCAAUAUGUAGACUCGCCUUUCCUGUAG